GUCAGUCUGUUCGUCUAUAAAUACGAUGUAGAAUUUACUCGUUCGCCUUAUUGUAAACCUCAUGUGAAGGCACAGUAAUCAUGUCUGACAGUUCAGAAGACGAACUAAAACACUGGCUAACAGUCGCUCUAAAAGGUGAGAAUCUUGUGGACUUUACAGUGUCUCGGUUGGGAAACGCGGCAAAACAUGAAGAAUACAUGGGAGAUAUCGUUUUCGUGGAAGUAUCGGCGGAAACAUGCGAUCGUUCACCAAAAAUUUAUAAUUUAGUAUUGAAAUGUAGCAAGAAAAGUCCAGUUUUACGAGAUUCCAUGCCAGUGAAAGCCGUGUUUGAAAAUGAAAUGCAUUUGUACGAGAACGUCAUUCCUGCUUUUACGGAGUUUCAAAAAGAGAGGGGUGUAAGUGAAGUGUUUAACAGUGUGCCGAAAUAUUACGGAAGUUAUGUGUCGAAAGAUACAGAAGUGGAGGUUUUGGAAAAUUUAACUACCAGAGGGUAUUAUUUAUGUAAUAGAAUAGUGCCGCUUCCGACGAACAAUUUAAAACUGAUUCUCCGAGAGUAUGGUAAAUUCCAGGCAAUUUCCGCUGCAAUGCAGGAUCAAGCACCCGAGAAGUUUAAGUCGCUGGCGGGUGAAAUAAGAAACGUGUGGAAAAUGUUCGUUGACAAACACGACAUUGAAACAUAUUUUGUAGCACCGAUUGACGAAGUACACGAGUUGCUGAAAACCAGUUUACCUGAAACCACUGCCGAAAAAUUAAAGAAAUUUAAGACACAAAUAAAACAGAUCAUAUACGAGGUGAUCAACAAUACAAAGAUUUUCUCUGUGAUUAGUCAUGGCGACUGUCAGAAUAAUAAUUUUAUGUUUCAGUUGGAGAACAAAACCGACGAAAAUUCUUUAAAAGUGGCUAUCCUGGAUUGGCAGACGACAAAAUUUGCGAGUCCUGUCAUGGAUAUCUCGUAUUUUAUAUAUGUGUGCGCGUCAAAAGAGGAUCUAGAACACUUCGAUGAGCUUAUUAAUAUUUAUUAUGACAGUUUUUCCGGUUACGUGAAGUUAUUGGGAAGUGAUCCGGAAAAUAUAUUUCCUUUUAGUCAGUUUCUUACAGAUUUCAAAUUAUUUGAAAAGUAUGGUUUAAUGAUCACAUUGUUGGUCAUUAAUGUUGCUCUUCGUGAUGAAAAGGAAGCACAUAAUUUUGAUGAAACCAUAAAUACUGGCUGUUCUUUUAAAAAUAAAAAUCAAGACUUGCUUAAAAGUAGAAUGUUGGAUAUUAUAAAUUACGUUGCUACACACGAUAUCUUAUAAAAGGUGGAUUGUUUAUGACUAAAUUCUUGUAUUCAAUGAUCGUAUAUAUUUAUGUAACCAAUAAAAUUAAUCGCACUAAAAAAUAAAAAUACUAAUCGUAUGUGGAAUUAUUGCUGGUAAGAUUUUCAUUUACUUUUUAAGUAAGGCGGAUUCACAAACCACAAGUAUUCGAGUAUGUUAUUUUAUAAAAUUUAAAUGGUGAAUAACUGCUUUUGAAACAGAUCUUGUUUGUAACAUUAAGUAUAGUGUUUUAUUUCACUCAACUUUAAUUUUUUGAUGUUUGUAAGUUUUUUUAUCAACCGAAAAUGAAAUAAACAUCAAAGUCUUCGACAUUAUUGUAAUCGCAAUUUAACGGUCUUUCAAAAUCCGUAUAAAAAGGUAGGUUGAAAUAAAAAAAACAUAGGUUUGCAGUGUACUAAAUUAAGGUUUCCUAUUCAAACUAAAAACAAUGGCGUUUAGAGAAUUUCAAUAUCUCUAUCCGUUUUCAAGGUACAAGGCCGCGGAAUUGUACUUGGGGCACCCUGUACACCUUGCCGUAUAAUAUUCUAUAAUUUAUAGAGGUUAUAAAAAAAUAUAUUUUUAAAAAAGCGGGAUUUGUUGGACUUCAGAAACAGGGGAAGUUCUGUCUGAAUAAUUUUCUAUUUUAAAAAUUUAAAAUUGCUGCUUUCUAUUUAUUUAGAUUUUUACCUUUAUCUCGGAAUUCGAAGGGAAGGAGUGAGAGAGACAUAUACAUUUUCCCUGUUUUCUCCUUACGAGAAACACUUUGAAUCAUGCUGGAAGUUACAUAUUUCAAAAACAAGAAAUAUUAGAAACAUUUGUAAACAGGUAAAACUAUUUUAAAAAAUCUCGCCAAAAUUUCUUUGUAUUUUCAAAUUUGACCUUAUCAUGUAAACUUGAACACUCAUUUUGUAGGCACGUGAUUGGUCCAUCUGAUUGGUGUUCUGAUUAUAGAAUGUGUUUACCCGCAGGAAUUCCCGAGGAGAAACUAAUAAAAUUAUUAAAACACACUGAUCUUGAUGCGUCGUGCGUAGUGGUAAAUCCCAAGACCUUGCACAUAAACUGAGCGUAUAUUAAACGGAUUGCGAUUGCAUUUUUAGACUUUUCCCGUAAAAAAUUACAAACCUACAUUUUACUUCCAUUAUAACGAGUUUCGUUUAAUAAUAAUAAGAAGAAUUUAUUGUUUAACAGUACAAAUGUAGGUGCUACAAAAAAAAAACAAUUUCCAUAAAAGAGUAAAUAAAUUAAAAAAGAAAAGAAACCACACAUUUACCAGUCCCAUUGAUCGACAUAAAAAUCAUACAGGAUAUCUUUCCAACAGAUUCUAAUUGGACGCAGGUAAAUAAAAAGUUCAAACUGAAUAAGAAGUUAGACUUGAUACAAAAAAAAAUAUCAACCUAUCUAAAAUAUUAGAAGAAUCGAUUUGAUUAUGUAAUAUUUUGUAUAACAAUGUAAGUCUUAUACUUGUUCUGAAUGUUUUAAAGGUUGUUACAUUAAAAAUAUUUAGUAAUGUCUCAUAUAGGAAACCCUUUCUUCGGAUAAUUUCCCGUUGUUUACAUUUAUAUACUACCAUUAACCAUUACGUUGUGUUAAACAUAUGUAUAAAUAUGAAGUUAUCAAAAAUUAUUCGCCUCCUAAAAUAUUUCAAAGAUAAAAGCUAGUUUUAAAUUUAAUUUGAAAAAUGUAUACCUACAUAGUUAGGCUAAACUACAACAAUGUUUUAGUUUAGCUUAGUUAAUAAAAGAGUUUGUAAAUAAAAUCAAAGCACUGAUGCUUCGGAAAAUUGAAAUGAACUUUUUUUUUCGUAAGUCUGUGAAGUCUGAUUUAUUUGCCAGCCCGAUAAGCUGAACUGCAACGCCGAAGGUCAGUGUACUCCUCUAUAAAUACGAGUUAGAUUGUAGUCGCCGGCCUCAUUGUCGACGUAAUGUGAGAGUGCAAUCAUGUCUAACAGUUCAGACGACGAACUAAAAUGCUGGUUAAAAUCCGCUUUAAAAGGGGAGAACCUUGUCGACUUUACAGUGUCUCGCUUGGGAAACACGGAAAAAGGCGAAGGAUACAUGGGUGAUAUCGUGUUCGUGGAAGUAUCAGCAGAAACUUCGGAUCGCUUGCCAAAAAUUUAUAAUUUAGUGUUAAAAUGUAGCAAGAGAAGUCCAGCUUUACGAGAAUCCAUGCCGGUGCAAGCCGUAUUUGAAAAUGAAAUGCAUUUUUACGAGAACGUCAUUCCUGCUUUCACGGAGUUUCAAAAAAAGAGAGGCGUGAGUGAAGUGUUUAACAGUGUGCCGAAAUAUUACGGAAGUUACGUGGCGGAAGAUAUGGAAGUGGAGGUUUUUGAAAAUCUAACAACCAAAGGGUAUUAUUUAUGUGACCGAAGAGUACCGCUUCCGACAAACAAUCUAAAAUUGAUUCUCCGAGAGUAUGGUAAACUUCAUGCAAUUUCCGCUGCAAUGCAGGAUCAAGAACCUGAGCAGUUCAAACUAUUGAUUGAUGAAAUAAGAAACGUAUGGAAAAUGUUCGCUGACAAACACGACAUGGAAACAUAUUAUGGAGCACCAAUUGACGAAGUACACGAGCUGCUGAAAACCAGUUUACCUGAAACCACUGCCGAAAAAUUGAAGAAAUUUAAAACACAAAUAAAUAGUAUCAUAAAGGACGUGAUCGAGGAUCCGAAGACUUUUUCUGUGAUAGGUCAUGGCGACUGUUGGAAUAAUAAUUUUAUGUUUCAGUUGAAG